GGAAGCUAUACGCAUACUGAAGAUGCCUAUAAAUGUCCUUGGACAGAAACUAAUCGAACCCAGGGAAUGACCCUGGAAGUUGUAACUGGACGUGGGCUAUGUAUAGGAAAUAUUCCAAAGGAUAAAGAGGGGAUUUGUAUUAAAAAUACGAUCACCCAGGAAAGCGGCUAUUUAAUACCCCCAAACGGAACUAAAUGGAUAUGUACCCGUACCGGACUAACCCCGUGUGUGUCACUUGCGGUAUUCGAUAGAAGUGCCGACCUUUGUGUAGCCGUAGUUAUCUUCCCUAGGAUAUAUAUUCAUACAGAUGAGGAGAUAACUCUCUAUAAAGAAAACCAGUGGCAUCAUACAAAACGGGAACCCAUCUCAACCAUUACCAUAGCAACCUUAGUGAGUUUAGGGUUAAUUGGAGCAGGAACCGGAACUGCUGCACUCAUUUCUUCUAAGGCGGAAAUUAAUACGAUGAGGCAAGUAAUAGAUGAUGACCUAUUAAGAAUUGAGAAAUCUAUUUCAGCCUUAGAAUCAUCACUGACUUCUUUAUCUGAAGUAGUACUACAAAAUAGGAGGGGCUUAGAUCUCUUAUUUUUGCAACAAGGAGGUUUGUGUGUAGCCUUAAGAGAAGAGUGCUGUUUUUAUGCAGAUCACACUGGGGUGGUUAGGGAUUCAAUGGCUGAAUUAAGAAAGAGGCUCAAGGAAAGAAAACGAGAGAGAGAAAAAAACCAAAACUGGUAUGAAUCUUGGUUUUCCUAUACCCCUUGGUUGACUACAUUAAUAUCCACCAUAGCGGGACCUCUGAUACUACUAUUAUUGGCCCUAAUCAUCAGACCGUGUAUUUUUAACCGAAUCGUAGGAAUUAUAGCGGAACAAGUAAAGAAGAUAAUCUAG